AUGUUUUUCCUUUACAAUAUGGAGCGCAGGGUUACCCUGCACCCCUCCUAUUUCGGCCGCAACAUGAAAGAGCUUGUCACCACUAAGCUUGUGCAAGACGUCGAGGGUACAUGCGCCGGGGACUACUACAUUAUCGUCAUCAUGGAUGCCUUCGAUAUCUCCGAAGGUCGAGUGCUCCCAGGCACCGGGCUCGCCGAGUUUACCGUGGGUUACCGCGCCGUCGUGUGGCGGCCGUUCAAGGGCGAGACUGUUGAUGCCGUUGUCGUCUCGGUCAACCACCAGGGUUUCUUCGCGAACGCGGGUCCACUGAAGCUCUUCGUGUCUGCACACCUUAUUCCUAACGAGAUCAAGUGGGAUCCCAACGCCACCCCUCCGCAAUUUACCAACAAUGAGGACAUGGUCAUCGAGAAGGGCACUCAAGUCCGUGUCAAGAUCAUUGGUAUCAGGAGCGAGGUUGGCGAGAUGUGGGCCAUUGGGAGCAUAAAAGAGGAUUAUCUCGGGUACUGUUCUGCCUCAACCUCUCGUUCUACUCAGGCUCUCCCUCCAAUGGUCUCGAACUAA